GUGAAUACAUUUGAUCCUGCAAAUUUUGAAUGUGUGUGUGCUCUUUGUUGACAAGAAGAAAUGAAGCAACUUAUUGUAGCUUUAGCUCUUGUAACACUUGCCUUUGCUCAAGACUGUUCUCUACCAACCAUAGCUCAGUUAGAGUCUGUAUUGCCUCCUUUACUAGUCAUUUCUGAUGGUAGCCAGGUGUACUCUCCUAAUGUAACUGAAGGAUCAGUUCAAUAUGUCUGUCUAGCUCAAGGGGACAUGAUUGAUACUUAUAAAGCCAUAGCUCUUAUAGCUACAUUCACUCCUAACCCAGGAGAACCUGAACGAACUAGGAUAUUUGAUAUUGAGUGUAACAGUGGUACAUGGAGUGGAAGGACUGGUAGUUUAGAUCCUCCUCCUGCCAGUGUUGUUGGUGUUCCUCCAAAAACCAAUUGUUAUCGGUGUAGGGAAGGUUUUGGAGGUGAUACUAGAUGUAGAGCUUGUGACAGUGCUUGUAAUUCUGGACUGAGGAGGUGUACUGGAUCAGGCUCUGGUGAUUGUUGUUUAUCAUUUACUGAUAGUGGUCAGUGUGAUGAUAGCACUGACUGUACAUCAUCAGGUCCUAACUAUGUUGCUACUCCGAGUAAUAACUUCACUUGCACUUGCAACUUAACAUGCUCUGCUGGUUAUGCUGCUAAUUCUAAUUGUACUGACUGUGAUCUCUCUAGUAUCUGUGAUGCAUACAGUCCAUGUAUGAAUGGAGGACAGUGUAUACAGUAUUCGCCAGCUACCAAUUAUAGUUGUGAUUGUACUGGCUCAUAUACUGGAUACAAUUGCUCAGAUUGCAGUUUAACCUGCUCUGAUGGUUAUACUGUUAGUUCUGAUUGUACCAACUGCAAUUUCACUAGUAUCUGUGAUAGAGACACUCCAUGUAUAAAUGGAGGGCAGUGUAUACAGUAUUCGCCAGCUACCAAUUAUACUUGUGAUUGUACUGGUUCAUAUACUGGAUACAAUUGCUCAGAUUGCAGUUUAACCUGUUCUGAUGGUUAUACUGUUAAUUCUGACUGUACCAACUGCGAUUUUACUAGUAUCUGUGAUAGAGACACUCCAUGUAUAAAUGGAGGACAGUGCAUGCAGUAUUUGCCAGCUACCAACUACAGUUGUCACUGUGCUGGUUCAUAUACUGGAACUAAUUGCUCUAUUUGCUCACCUCAAUGCCCCCAGGGGUAUGUUCCCAACAGCGACUGCACUGGUUGUGUAUUGAGUAAUAUUUGUAUUGCUAACAAUCCUUGCAAGAAUGGAGGUAGCUGUACCAGCUUUAACAACGGAGGAUAUAUGUGUAACUGCGCUGGUAACUAUGAAGGAAACAACUGUUCUGUUUGUUCACUGAGCUGUCAGAAUUCAGGCAAUGCAACAACAGAUUGUACGGGUUGCAUGUGUCCAGCAUGGUACACUGGUAAUAGUUGUCAAACAGUCAUUGAUCCAUGCAUGUCAUUGGAACCUUGUGGCUUAUAUGGUACUUGCAGUAGCAACAGAACUGAGUACAUGUGCCAGUGUCACGAAGGAUGGUCUGGUCCACAUUGUCAGGACUGUACCAUUGAGAACUGUGAUCGUUGUAGUGGUAUACCACCAAUCUGUGAGUCAUGUAUGGAGGGAUAUGUUAUAGAUGAAACUGGGUGUGAAUUAAAAGACCUCUGUCACACAACUCCAUGUGCUAAUAAUGGAACGUGCAUUGGCCAACCUGGUUCAUUCACCUGUCAGUGCAGUAACCAUUGGUCUAGUGCAUCAAACUGUACUAUCUGUUCUGAUGGAUAUGGACUAAGAAAUGACCAGUGUGUUGAGUGUAGUAAGAACUGUCUUGUGUGUGCUGAGAGCUUUGCUGAAUGCGUCAGAUGUGAGGAUGAAUAUGAAGUGUCGUCUUCUGGCGAAUGCAUUUCAUCAGAUCUACCUAAUAACAUACUGAUAUGGAUCAUCAUUGGUAGUGUUAUUGGUGGACUUGUGAUAUUUGUCUGUGUGGUCAUUAUUGUAAUGGGAAUUGUACGCUGCACUACCUCCUAUAAUCACAAUAAAACUCAUGCAAAAGCAAUUAAGAAAGAUCACUUGGCAAAUCAAAGAAUUAAUGAAAAUCCGCUGUACAUGAGCCAAGAUGAUAUUGAUAAUAUGGAAAAAGAAUAGUGUCUACACUAAAAUAGGACAAUCUUUUACUUUAUACUACUUAAUUACAUUGUGUAUGUAUUUAUAGUUUUGAGUUUUGUCAGUUUUAAUGCACUUUUCCCUACCAAAGAUAAUUGCAAUUUUUAAAUAUUAAAA